AUGGCCACUGCUACCGUCACCGAGUUCCUGACAAGGACGGUCAAUGCCACAGCGGCCACAAGCACCUCCAGCAAUCGAGCAGUUCCUCAAGGCGGUGUCUUUGAAGGUCUCAAUCCCACCCAGUAUGACCCGAAGAAUCCCAUUACACUCUUCAUAAUUCAGGCUGCUAUAGUCAUUAUCCUCACACGUAUCAUCCAUGUACCUCUGGCCUACCUUCGUCAGCCUCGAGUGAUCGCCGAGGUCAUCACUGGCAUCCUCCUGGGUCCUUCGGUCAUGGGGAGGAUCCCGGGGUUCACAAAUGCCAUCUUUCCCCCUGCUUCCAUGCCAGCCUUUUCGCUGGCGGCGAAUCUCGGUCUGGUGCUGUUUCUGUUUCUCGUUGGAUUGGAGGUCGACUUGCGCUUUCUGGCCAGCAACUGGCGCAUUGCUCUGAGUGUGGGUGCUCUUGGAAUGGCUCUCCCUUUCGGGCUCGGCUGUGGUAUUGCAUGGGGCCUUUAUCGUGAUUUCCGGAGUGAUGACGGUCUGGCUCCCAUCAGCUUUGGCGUGUACAUGCUAUUCAUUGGUGUGGCCAUGGCGAUCACUGCUUUCCCAGUCCUUUGCCGCAUUUUGACAACUUUGAAACUACUCAGCACUCCCGUUGGAGUUAUCGUGCUAUCGGCGGGUGUUGGCAAUGAUGUCGUGGGCUGGAUACUUCUUGCGUUGUGUGUCGCCCUCGUUAAUUCUGGCGCCGGUCUCACCGCUCUAUGGAUUUUGCUAGUCGCUGUCGGUUACACAUUGUUCUUGGUCUUUGCUGUGCGACCAAUCGUCAUGUGGUUCCUCCGAAGGACGGGGAGUCUCGCCAAUGGUCCGACACAAACGGUGGUUGCAUUGACAAUACUCCUCGUCCUGGCAUCCGCAUUCUUCACUGGGAUCAUUGGCAUCCACCCCAUUUUUGGCGCCUUCAUAAUUGGACUCAUGCUGCCUCACGAAGGAGGCUUCGCCAUCAAGCUCACGGAAAAGAUUGAGGAUCUUGUUGGCGUGCUGUUUCUUCCCCUUUACUUCGCCUUGUCGGGCUUGGGCACCAAUCUAGGACUUCUCAACAACGGGUUGACAUGGGGUUAUGUGGUUGGCGUGUGCGCAAUCGCCUUCAUUGGGAAGAUUGCCGGUGGAACACUGGCUGCCCGAUUGAAUGGCCUGGUCUGGCGAGAAUCGUUCACGAUUGGCGUUCUGAUGUCUUGCAAAGGCUUGGUUGAGUUGAUUGUGCUCAAUAUUGGACUUCAAGCCAAAAUCCUCAGUACCCGCACCUUUACCAUUUUCGUUGUCAUGGCUCUCGUUACCACGUUUGCAACCACGCCACUGACCACGUGGCUAUACCCGGCAUGGUAUCAGCGGAAAUUGGAGCUCUGGAAACAAGGCAAGAUCGACUGGGAUGGCAAUCCGCUUCAUCCCGACACUGACGCGGAAUCUACCAGCGAGGCGGACAUUCUUCGCACGACCAACGUUGCGAAAAAGGUAUUGGUCUAUCUUCGUCUCGAUGGUCUCCCUGGUCUGUUUACCAUGGUUUCCCUCCUCGCCGACAAACCUGGAGAGCAGGAUGCCGUAGAGCAUCAAGACCAGACCCGAAAGGAAGAGCCGAUGUUGAACGCACAAGCACUGAGCUCAGUAGCAAGACUUCAUCGCCCUCUCCAAGUGCACGGCCUGCGCCUCAUGGAGCUAACAGAACGAGAGUCCAGCGUCAUGCGCGUCUCGGAGAUCGAGGAGUUUGCUGGGCGAGACCCAGUCAUCAAGGCGUUUGGCACUUUUGGACAAUCGUGUGAUAUGGCAGUGGGUGGACAGAUUGCGGUGGUGCCUGAUCACAGCUUUUCAGGCACGUUGUUGUCCCGCGCCAGGGAUAUCAAGAGUGAUCUUGUGUUGGUGCCUUGGUCUGAGACCGGAACAUUGUCCGAGUACCCUAGCUUGUUCGACGCAAAGCCAGGCGAUCCGCUAGCGAACAAACAAUUUGCAACACUUGCAGCAGAGAUCUUUGAGAAGGCCAGAACAACAUGUCCCGUUGGUGUAAUCCUGGACAAGACAGUCCUUUGCACGCCCUCUGGACCUUCCAAGAUCGACUCUCCAGGACUUGAACGCUCAACACGACAACUAAACAAGACACUUACUGGAGUCAGUCUUGCAGAUCAGAUGAACUCGACCGUCCAAUUCAGAUCGGCAGAAAGUGGACGGACUCGUCUCUUCGCUCUUUAUCAAGGCGACAGUGAAGAUGAUCUCUUUGCCGUACGCCUCGCUUUGCAAUUAGCCAAGAAUCCCAAAGUUGAUCUGAAAAUCCUGAACGCAAGGGUUCGACACGACGAUGCGGAUGUUGGUCACCACGCUGCAGACACCAGUCAUGAUGACAAGACAGCCACUCUGUCGAAGGUCCACACUCUCCGGACACCCACUGAUUUUGAAUUCGACGCCCUCCGGUCAAGCAUCGCGGAUUGCGGCUUCGACACGAGAGUGACAGUCGUGGACGUGCCUUUAUCAGGUCUGGAGACACUUGUGACAGCGAUUUCCGAGCCUAGCCCCGCGGAGACGCUGGUCAUCGUUGGGCGCAGCACUUUCUAUUCCAAGUCAGCCAACGCCAUUUUUAGUACCAGCACUGCGGAGUCAUCGAUGUCCAACUCGAUGGUUAUCUCCAGUGGUAGCGGACUGAACUCUGCACGCGACGAUAGUCAGGCUUUGGGUCCCCUAGCCACGCAACUCAUUAAAGUCGUCCGGGAGAGACAGUUACAGACUGGAUUACUUGUGGUCCAGGCCCGGAACGAGCGUGCGUUACAAAGCCCAGACGCAUUUGGAGGAUUUGGAGCACCGCCUAGUCCAACAGACGCGAGGAGUCUGAAAGGAGCGGCAUUGGCCAAGAAGAUAAGCGCCUUGAGUGAUGACGAUUAG